AUGAACGAGUUGGACCUCCGCAGGGUCCCCCCUGACCAGUCAUCAGGGAGCCUGCGGACCGUCGGCACCCUCCGCCACGCCAGCGUCACCGACCCAAUUCCGUCCAAGCGGGUGUGCUUCUACAAGAGCGGCGAUCCUCAGUUCGGCGGCCUGCGCAUGGUCGUCAACAACCGCACCUUCAAAACGUUCGAUGCCCUCCUGGACAGCCUGUCCAAGAAGGUGCCCCUGGCAUUCGGGGUGAGGAACAUCACCACCCCCCGCGGGGUUCAUGCCAUUAACACACUGGAUGAGCUCGAGGAUGGAAAGUCCUACAUCUGCUCCGACAGCAGGAAGGUAAAACCCAUCAACCUGGCACUGGCUAGGAAGAAGCUGGCACCCUGGUACCAUGCCAGGCCUGCGAGCUCCCGCCGCCGGACCUUGCACCGGCCCGGGGCCUUCUCCGGGCGGCAGGAACCCGUGCUUGUGCACACGCCAAAGAGACUGGCGGUCUUUCGGAAUGGAGACCCCUCCGUCAAACACACGGUUGUGCUCCAAAAGAGAAGUGCGACGACUUUUGAGUGGAUUCUGGAAUAUAUUUCAGAGAUGAUGCAGUUCCACGUGGUCAAGCUGCACACGGUUGACGGCAGACGCGUGGAAGGGCUCUCGAGCUUGAUCUUGUGCUCUGGCAUGGUGGUGGCGGCCGGCAAAGAGCCAUUCAGACCAGCAAACUACGCCAACCAGAAGUCAUCAGGGUCCACGAUGCCAUCCGGUAACCAGAUGAGCGUCAGGAGACUGAAGACUCUGAACCAAGGCAAAAAGAAGUCACGAUCCCAUGGGUCCAAGUCAAGAAACUUCUCCACGUCAUCAGAGCGCUAUAUUGUGAACAAGAUUCACAACUCCCUCAUGGAAAGCUCGUGUGACCUGCCAAGCCAGCCCUCCAACUCCUUGGAGUAUGAAUCUGGACAUGUACUCGCCGAAACGGAGGGCGAAGAGCAGGACUGCAUGCUGCCUGACGAGGAUGACAUUGAAAAGUCCUUUCGGGUGAACCAGGAUGGCAGCAUGACAGUGGAGAUGAGGGUGCGCUUGACCGUCAAGGAGGAGGAGACGCUCCAUUGGACGACCACCCUGACCCGCUCCAGCGUGGCCAAUCAUCUUAACAUGGCCUGUUUGCCUGAACCAGAGUCAGACCAGGAUGUCUGUGCCACAGCACCAGAUUUAGAAGACCCCGUUUCCUUCAGCGACAUCAUUAACAAGAAUGAAUCGAAAGACGACCACGACCAGGAGCCGCCAUCGCUGGGCAAUGGGGUUUUAAGUCAAAGCAGCUACGAAGAGGAUGCUGUUAAAAUCCAGGCGACGUCUCCUAGGAGAGCGUCAGACUUCUCGUCCCAAGUGGCCUCGACAUUUGGCUCCUCGUCCAAAGUCCUCCUGGCGUUCUUGUCUAUUGUGGCCUUGAAGGACAGCAUCGCGAUCCUGAAUGUGGAUCAGGUGAAGGCGAAUGACGUGAGCUGUGAUGAGGCUUUGAAAAUGAUCGAGUCUCUGAGGGAAAUUGCGAGCAUGGAGGAUCCCCACCGGUUGGAAGAAAGUGUGUCGGCGUUACAGGAGUCCACAUCAAGCCAGCUCCUAGACAGCUGGAGCAGUUUCCAGGAAAUCGGGGGGACAUAUCAGGUCCUUCAUGAUAUAAUUGAAGCAUUUGACGUACCCAAUACAAUUAAAGAAGAACUCAUGUCUCUCUUGGCUGCACCUGUCAGUGAGAGUUACAAGAAGCUGAUGGCUGAUUCUGAGGGAAGCAGUUCUGGGAUGGAGGAACAGAAUGAUGAGUUGGCUCAUGAUGAUGAAGUCGAGCAGAAAAUGAACUCUUACCAUGUUUUGCAUUCUGCUGAGGUUCAAAUCUCAGAAGAGGAAAGGGAGGACAAGCCUCAAGGAGAAGACUGCUAUGUGGAACUUAAUCCCAGUAGGAAGGAGAGUCCAGAUAAAGAGCAAUCAGGGACUGAUGAUAAAGUGCAGGGACUGGAUAAACCUCAGCCAGUUCAAGAGAAAGGAUUGAACCUUGUUGAAGAGGAAAGUCAAUGUAGCUCAGACAAAGAGAAUGAGGAAGAAAUUAUCAACGAGAUGCUGGACAAUUUGGAGGAUGAUAGACUAAUUAGUGACUCCAAUCCAGAGAGCAGCCAUGCUCAGGAUCCAAGCAUAAAUGACAGUGGCGAUGACCAGAGCGGUUGUGACGAGCACACAGAGGCUUCAAUGCUUGAAUGCGAGCAAACUCGAAGCUCCACUGAGGAAGAGUUGAGCUUCCAUGAGAAAGUAUCGCACUCAGAGGAGGAACACGGCUAUUUUACAGAAUGUCAAGUCCCCGUGACAGAAACAAAAUGCGACAAAGUGGCAGUUGCCAAAGAUCUGUCAGACGAAGAAAUGUCACAGCCUGUUGCGGUCAGAGUGAGUCUUCUGGAAAAGCAAGUUGCUGAUGCCCAGAAGACAAGGUAUAACAAACACGCCAAAAACAUCUCGCUUGUAUCUGAAGACUCCAUGGAAACAUUUCAGCAGUGCAGCCGAUCCGCCCCACAGUCCUCGCUAUCCUUCAGCUAUGAUUCCAGCGGUGUGGUAACCGUGGAGCCUGAAGGCAACAGGGUCAAGUCUAUCCGGGAAAUGUUUCUGGCAAAGAGUUCCGCAGAUAGUGGAAAGCGGAGCCAGAGCACAGAGUCACAAUCUGAUAGGUCGGGGAGCGGGGGAUACCAAUCCCGAAUGUCAAGCGAGCAGUCGAGUGGUGAAGAAGAUCCGGUGCGGAAGUCCAUCAGCAAAGGCUUUGUAAGGAGAACCAUUGAAAGGCUUUACGGGAAGAGCAAUGUCAUCGAGAGGCUUCCUCAGGCACCCAGAAAGAAAAAGAAGCACCCCAACAUUUUCUCGCCCUUUCACACAGCCCGAUGCAAAGCUGCGUCCGAGUUGUCUUACUUCAACUCAACCAAUGCUCUCGACACCCUGACUGAGGCAACCCGCUGCAUUGCUUUCAAUGCACAAGUUGGGCCUCGUGACAGCGUUCCUAUCGACGAGGGACGAUGGCUCAUCAGAGAGAACACGCUGAUCCGGAAAUCCAUUUCCGACCCGACUGGUAUCAACAAAAGCCUGGUCACCUCCGGGCAAGAUGAAGACAACUGCGAGGACACACAAGAGGACACGCCUUACUCCCUUUUCAGCACCACAUCCGAGCCGGAAGACCAUAAAAAGUCCAAAAGAUGCACCUAUUUCUCUUUGCCCCACACCAGCGACUCAGAGGUGUGUCAGGACGAACAGAGUCUCCCAGAAGCAAACGCGGAGAGCGCCGCUAAAACGAAACCCGAGAAAAACGGCUCUGCUGUCGGGAUGCCUGACAACAAGGUGCACCCGUUGGUGGAGAUUCCAGUGGACGGUGAGGCGGUGGUGGUGGCGCAGCCCAAGAAAGGACACGGCGUCGUGAGCCAAAGCCUCCAAGAGCCUGACGUGUUAGAUCUGUUAUACAACUUUUGUGGCGAAAACUGUCCCAUCUUGUGA